GGCGCUUAACAGACCGAUAACAACUAACAGUAUCUUGAGCAGUGUUGGUAAACAUAACAGACGGGUUUCAAAUCAGCUGUGUUUUGUUUAUUCUUGCAGCAAGCUUUUUACUAAGCUAACGAAAUGCCGGACAAAACCCAAAAAAUAAUUGAUCAAGAUGCCAACCAGGCGCGCAUCACCCAAAUCGAGGAAUUCAUUAACGAAGUCCUGAAAGAGGAUCUCCGUCAAUUGGAAAAGUACAUUGGUCAGUACAAUGAAGAGAUUAUGGAGUAUGUCCAGCUAAAGAACACUCUGCAGACCUUUGAGACACAUCUGCCCGAAGGGUACAAGACUCAGGUGAACAUCGGAAGUAAUAUUUUCAUGCAGGCCCGCGUAAACCAAAUGGAUCGCAUCCUGGUGAACAUUGGCAAGGAUGUGUACCUGGAAAUGAGUCUGCCGGAGGCGGAGAAGUUCAGCGAUGUUCUUGUCAAGAUUCUCACCAAACAGUCGGAUGUUUUGCGGGAGGAGAGUGUCCGGAAGAGGGCCCAAAUCAAAAUGGCCCUGAUUGCCAUCAGCGAAAGAGCCAAGCUUAUUCAACCCGAGGUUACCAACUAGAACUAGAGAUAGUUCUUAUUCCUAAUUCAACUCUAUCCUCAUCUUAUUGUACAGGACAGGCUUAAGAUAUUCCUAUAACUUACUUAUAAAUAAAAGCAUUGUAAACCUUUCCCAUAGAUACUGCUAAAAGCCUCUUACACAA